AAUAAGUCACCCUCUCAUUCCCACACCUUUACGUUUGAGCUGUUUCUUUACAAUGGCUGCGUAUGAGCAUCUCCUUAUCGGAUGAUCCCUCGCUGGCUUACAGAAAGGAGACUACAACAGAUUCACUUUUACUAAUUAAACAGCUAAUUAAAACAGACAGGAAACCAUGAAACACUGUUUUGUUUUACUCAGGCGCGUCCUCUCCUAUUUUGGUAUUUUCAGCAAAGCAGAGAGGAAUGUCACAAGCUCCCGUGAGAGAACAGACCGAGAUGGGACAACAGCAGGGUUGUUGAGGCUAAACAUCAUGUACAGUGAUGGUAAGUUACCUUUGUAUGCCUGACAACCUGCUUUAAGGGUGGACACAAUGACAGACAGAUACUGUUCCUCAAUGGACAGAGUACAGCAGAUUUUUGUUUGGGCGAUGAGCAUUAUGGGAAGUUUGCCCAUCUUUACUACCGAUCAGUGUGUAAAUUGCGCACACUCCCCUUCCUCCCCCUUCCUUCCCCUUGCUUGUCAUUCACAAGAUUCAGUGGAGUUUCUCGGUGCUGUAAGGAGAGGAGGGGCUCUCUCUCCCCUCUCCAGUCUUGCACCUCGCACUGAGAAAUAUUCAGUUGCAGACUCCCCACAGCAGUCAGUCUACCAAUAAACAGCCUCUGACAGUGCGAUUGGCAGCGGCAGCCAGAGUAACAGCCUGAUAGACACAGUGGUGUUUUUUUCCCCCGGACGUUGAGAGGUGAUCGUAGUGUUGUUCUCGGUGCUGCGAGCUUCUUUCCCCGGAAUGGACACUUUGCAAGCCGGUGUGGUUUUAGAUGCACUGGGUGUCAGAGAGUAUCCAUCCAACCAGGCUCACUGCGCACGGAUUUCUGCUAUGCAUCCGCACUGGGAAAUUAUGGGGCAUGCAGCCUCGUCUGGUCAUUUCAUGUGAAUAUUACACCAUGUUUUUCCUAAUUGGACAGAUACAUUUACUGACAAAACAUCUUCUCGUUUGUGGCAUCUGCGCGCAUUGACCACCUCUGUCCGCCUUGCAUCUUCAUUGGUUUCACCGCAUAUGAUUUUGUAGAUUUUCUCUCUCCCCUUUUUUUUGCAACGCAGCAGCAGCAGCAGCAUCCCUACAAGUGGCACAGCUGGUGAUCAGAAAUGCCUCUUCAAUGCUGGCUGCUCACAUCCCUCCAGCCUUCUUAAAAGCAAACAAACAAACAAACAAACAUCAGGAUCGCAGGCUGAACAGAAAAUGGAUAGUGGGAGCCGGGCUGCGACGAUCGGAGCUGGUGCAGCCAAUUUCACAGCAGCCCACCUCAGGCUGGAUCUCCUGAACGCUUCGAGCCCGCCGACCCGGUGGGACAGCAGCCCACCUGCCGACGGGACCGGGCUGGAUGAGCAGCAGCGCCUCAUCCAGGAGCAAGUCUACCAGGACUUCACCACCACCAUUCAGGUGUUCAUCCUCAUAAGUUCGCUCCUCGGAAAUGCCACAGUGUUGUGGUGUACCUGCUGCACGAAUGUCUUCAAAUCUGUGACCAACCGCUUCAUCAAGAACCUGGCGUGCUCAGGUAUCUGCGCCGGCCUGCUGUGCGUUCCCUUCGAUGUUGUGCUCGGUGCCAGCCCUCGCUGCUGCUGGUGGCUUCACACUCUAGUGCUCUGCAAGAUCAUCAAGUUCCUCCAUAAACUCUUCUGCUCGGUCACCGUGCUCACGUUCAGUGCCAUUGCACUUGACAGGUAUUACUCCGUGCUGUACCCGCUGGAGAGGAAGAUCUCAGAUGCAAGAUCCCGAGAUCUGGUCAUCUACAUCUGGGUCCAUGCGGCAGUGGCGAGCCUCCCUGUGUUCGCUGUGACCAAUGUGACGGAUGUGUACGUCACCUCGUCCUGCUCAGAUGACCACGCCCACUCCCUGGGCCACAUGGUGUACGUGUUGAUCUACAACGUCACCACGGUCAUCCUUCCUCUUGCACUGGUCUUCCUCUUCAUGCUGCUGAUACGCAGAGCGCUCAGUGCCAGCCAGAAGAAGAAGGUGAUAAUUGCGGCCCUGCGGACUCCGCAGAACAGCAUCUCCAUCCCUUAUGUGUCUCAGAGAGAGGCUGAGCUACACACCACUCUGCUGGCUGUGGUGCUGGCUUUCUCAGCCUGCAGCGCCCCCUAUGGGGCCUUGGUGGUUUAUCGCACCAUUUUGGCAGACUCUAAAGAGCUACCCAUCUCACUGUAUCUGACAGCCCUCUGGCUACCCAAGGUGUCUCUGCUCACCAACCCACUUUUGUUUCUAACUGUUAAUCGCUCAGCUCGUCACAGCUGGCUGGACCUGCUGGCAAGGAUUCACAGACGUUACAGCCGUCGUAACGUGGUCAGCACCGGGGGUCUGGCCUCCUUAGGGGCAGAGGGUGUGAUAGGGGAACCGGUGGGACUGGAGACGGCCGGCCGCUCUGGGAGUCAACUUCUGGAGAUGUUUAACAUCGGCCAGCAGCAGAUCUUCAGGCCUUCUGAGGAAGAAGAGGAAGAAGAAGAUGUAGAAAACGAGAUCCCUUCUCAAGGAUCAGGCAGCUGCUCUGGACCUAAAGAGAACCACAAGAAUGGGUCAAGACUGGGGAGCCUCAGAGGUGAGGUGAUGACCAAAAAGGAACCCCUUCCGGGCACAGGGGGAGGGCCGGUCAUCACAAAGGAUGGCCCUCCAUCAGUUACAGCACCCAGGGCCUCUCCGGUCCACACAUGUGCUUAUGCCUCUUCAUCUCAGGUGGCCCCAGCUACACCUACAGAAGCUGAGGACUCCACGCAGUUUGGUUUUGGACCCUUUGAACUGCCGCCUCAGUGGUUACCAGAGACUAGGAACAGCAAGAAGAGGCUGCUGCCUCCGCUGGGUAACACACCCGAGGAGCUGAUCCAGACCAAACUGCCCAGGUCGCGGCCUGAGCGGAGAAUCAGCAGGAACAACAAGGUCAGCACGAUCCCCGCUGUGGAUCCAUGAACUGUUCCUGCUGGCCUCUGAUCUGCAACACUGGGCAUGAAUUAUUUACAGAGUAAGUCUCUUGGACUGACCAGCCCUUGGCAGGAUAUUGAUGUGUCAAGCUGCUUGGUGACAUGGUUUUUGGUUCAUUUAAAUAAUUUCACCUUUCCUUUUUUUUAUUUUCAGUUUUUCUCAGCAGUAGCCAGU